AUUGACAGCUUAAAAUAAAAAACAGAACAGAGACAACAUAAUCAUACUCUGCGGGACAGAUCAUAGUCUGACCGAAAAAAGACGCAGAGGAAAAUUGUUUUGCUCCUGUUGUCUACAACACGUGGAGCAUUAAGGAUAUGAACCUUGUUCACCCAACUGACUCACCUGAGAUUGAGAGCAGUAAAUGACUUGCAACAGAAAGUUAAACUCAAACUUUUGUUUUAUACUCAAACAGCACGAGAUAUUAUGUUCUCUAGUUGAGAAAUAUGACGAUUUCUUGGAGGAAGUGUGUCUUCCUAGUGUGGGCUUUAUGUGUAAGUGUUACUAUAACCAUGAUUAUGUAUGGACAAUACUAUGACCUGGACUUCUUCCACGACAGACUUCCGAACAGUCAAGACACAGAGUUUGAUAGCAUUUGGACUUGCGAUGAAGAGCUUUGGGACAACACCACAGCAACUGGGGAAGAGAAGCUGGAGGGUUUGUGUCCUCUGAGAAAAGCAGUGAAGAAGGACGACUUCCUCAGACUACGCUUUAACUUUAAAGUGCCUGUGCUGCAGUGGGCUGGGAGCUUCAGCCAUUCCGAGUGGGGGCGAUUGGAGACGUAUAUGCCCCCCUACGGCUGGAAAGGCCUGCCCCAGGACCUUGUGAGAUCCACUUUGGCCCUGCUCAACGACUCGUCCAGCAGCCGCCUGUUUGAGCGCAGGUGGCCUGAUCAGUGUGUCCGCUGUGCUGUGGUGGGAAAUGGAGGCAUCCUUCGAGGCUCCAAACAAGGCAGGGCCAUCGACAGUCACCACUUUGUCUUCAGGGUCAAUGGGGCAAUCACCAAGCACUUUGAGGAGGACGUGGGCACAAAGACAUCUUUCUAUGGGUUCACCACAAAUACUAUGAAGAAUUCCCUAAAUUCUUACAGAAAAGAUGGCUUCACCAUGGUCCCACAGGGACAGAGAGUCCGAUAUAUCUUCAUUCCGUCCAACGAACGUGACUAUGUGAUGAUGUCAGCUGCUAUCCAGGGUCUCACUGUCACCUCCGGUCAUGACAAGGGGGACUGGCCCUCUCAAUACUUUGGAUUUAAGCCACCAGUUAAGCACUUUAAAAUGCUUCAUCCAGAUUUUGUUACAUAUGUAACGCAAAGGUUUCUGAAGUCUCCCCUGCUGAAGUACAGUCAGCUCUACAUGCCCAGCACUGGUGCUCUGAUGCUUCUGACCGCCCUGCACAUGUGUGACCAGGUGUCUGCCUAUGGUUUCAUCACAAAAAACUUUGCAGACUUCUCUGACCACUACUAUGAUGCUGUGAUGCUGCCCCUGCGCUUCUAUGCCAACCACGACAUGCAGAUGGAGAGCUGGCUGUGGGAGGUACUGCAUGCACGAAAAGUAAUGUCACUGUACAAGAGGACAAAAGUAAAAUGAUGGACACUCAAUUGUAUUUUCAUGUGAAAAGCCUUCCUUGAAAUGCUGUUAACUCCUGUGUUUGCCAUGGAGGUAGUCCCUCUGAAGGAGUGGCUGCUGGAGUUGUGUAGCGUCCUUUGUCAUUAGUCUCACAGCAACAUUAAAGGCCUUUGACGGUGUAAAGCCAAGCUCAGGUGUUCCAAGCGUCUGUUUGUGGGAUCGGGCCUUCUUUGAUCAUUUGAACAACCCUUAUCUUCUCUGUGAAGGCAGGUGCAGGGAGCCGAGACUAUAGUCUCUCGGUCAUUCCUCUUUCUCAUUUUCCUGCAAUGCCUAUUCUCAUUAGAAACUGUCGGGUUUGACUGGGACUUACAAUGAAAGCAUUCACAUUAUGAAGCCAGCAGUCCAUUCAUGCCAACC